AUGUCUGACGACUUUGAAGCUCCAGAUCCAAAUAUCAAAUCAUUACUUACUCAUGAUACUUUAAAAUGGAUAUUUGUUGGUGGUAAAGGUGGUGUUGGUAAAACAACUUCAUCAUCAUCAAUUUCAAUUCAAUUAGCUCUUAAUAAUCCUCAAAAACAAUAUCUUUUAAUAUCAACUGAUCCUGCUCAUAAUUUAAGUGAUGCUUUUGGUGAAAAAUUUGGUAAAGAUGCUAGAAAAGUUACUGGUUUAGAUAAUUUAUCAUGUAUGGAAAUUGAUCCAUCAUCAACAAUUCAAGAUUUAAGUACAAAUUUUGAAUCUACAAAUAAUAAUGAUCCUUUAAAAAAUAUGAUGGGUGAUAUAACAAGUUCAAUCCCAGGUAUUGAUGAAGCUUUAUCAUUUAUGGAAGUUUUAAAACAUAUUAAAAAUCAAUCAAAUGAUGAAAAUAAUGAAAUUAAAUAUGAUACAAUUAUUUUCGAUACUGCACCAACUGGUCAUACUUUAAGAUUUUUACAAUUACCACAAACUUUUUCAAAAUUAUUGAGUAAAUUUGAUGAAAUGUCUGGUAGAUUUGGUGGAUUAUUAAAUAAUUUAGGUGGUCCAAGUGCUAAUGAAUUAAAUACUAAAAUGACUGAAUUAAAAGAAUUAACUAAAUUAAUCAAUGAACAAUUCACAGAUCCUGAUAUUACUACUUUUGUCGUUGUUUGUAUUGCUGAAUUCUUAUCAUUAUAUGAAUCUGAACGUUUAAUUCAAGAAUUAGAUAGUUAUGGAAUUGAUUCAAGUACUAUAGUGGUUAAUCAAUUAUUAUUUACUCAAGAUGAUGAUCCAUGUAAAAGAUGUCAAUCAAGAUCCAAGAUGCAAACUAAAUAUUUGAAUGAAAUGAAUGAACUUUAUGAAGAUUUCCAUCUUGUUAAAGUUCCUUUAGUUAAUACUGAAGUUAGAGGUUUAGAAAAAUUAAAGAAAUUUUCUAAAUUUUUAGUUGAACCUUAUGUUCCUGGUUCAAGUGUUGAUCUAGAAUAG